GUGACGUUUGAACACGGAAGUUUUGCUCUGCUUAUUUGGCCAUGGAGUCCGAGGAGCACAAGGUUAUAUUUGAAAAACAUGGCGUCUUUCUUCACACCAGUGCAAAGCGGCAUAAUGAUCAGGACUCCAUGAUCCCUGGAAUUCUCCGUAUCAUUGAAAAGAGGUCAGAUGUGAUCCUGCAGUGGGUGCCUGUAGAAGAAGAUGGAGAUUCAACACAGAUUCACUACAAGAAAGAUUCCCCAGACAGCACCUCAUGUCGAGCAGAGGAAGAUUUGUUUGAUCCAGGCUAUGAGCCAGAUUGGGCUGUUAUCAGCACUGUGGGUACCAGGACUCGUGCCCAAGAUGAUCUGUCAGCCCAGAAACCUGGUCAUCGUGGGAAAUGGGCCUUCUCACUCAGUCUAUCAGAUCUCAAGUCCAUCCGCAAAGGCAAGCCCGGCUUAGGCUGGUCCUACCUCAUAUUCAUAACCAAGGAAGGGGUGUCCUUUCAGGCAUUACAUUUUCAUCAAGGGGGUUCAAAAGCUCUAUUAAAAGCUCUGCAGAAAUAUGUCAUACUUGCAACUUCUCCAAGGGAUUCCCGCCUGUACUUGGUUUAUCCACAUGAUUCUCACGCACUCUCUCACUCCUUCGAUGAACUCCAGCUUUUUGACGACGGUUCCUCUGACGUGGUGUCUAGAUUUUUUCAGGAUCCCUACUCUGCCACAUUUGGAGGAUUUUCUAAGGUUACCAACUUUUUCCGUGGAGCACUGCGACCACAUGAUGGGACAUACCAAAGGCCCUUAUCAGAAAUGGCCGUUGGGCUAGAGGACGAGCCAGGCUUUGAGGUGAUCACUUGUCAAGUGGAGCUGGGAGAACGCCCCGUCAUACAGCGCCAGGUACCGGUCAGUGAGCAGGAGUGGGAGUGUUGCUUUGACCCUGAAGGCAGAGUGAUCAAUGAAGAUGUCUUGAAGAAGCGUAUCUUUUCUGGAGGCCUUAGUCUAGGGCUGAGAAAAGAAGCCUGGAAAUUUCUCCUUGGGUAUUAUCCAUGGGACAGCACAACUGAAGAGCGCAAGAGUUUGGUUAAGAAAAAGACAGAUGAGUAUUUCCGCAUGAAGCUGCAGUGGAAAUCUGUGACGGAGGAUCAGGAGAAGAGGAACUCAUUGCUGAGAGGUUACCGCAGUCUCAUAGAAAGAGAUGUCAGCCGGACUGAUCGUAACAACAAAUUCUAUGAAGGAAAUGACAAUCCAGGGCUAGUUCUUCUCAACGAUGUGUUAAUGACCUACUGUAUGUUUAACUUUGAUUUGGGUUACGUGCAAGGAAUGAGUGACCUGAUAUCUCCUAUCCUGUAUGUUAUUCAGAACGAGGUAGAUGCAUUCUGGUGUUUCACAGGAUUCAUGGAGCUGGUGCACCACAACUUUGAGGAAAGCCAGGAGAGUAUGAAGAAGCAGUUAGCCCAGCUGAACCUCCUUUUGCGUGUUCUGGAUCCCGCACUCUGUGAUUUCCUGGAUUCCAAGGAAUCAGGGAAUUUAAGCUGCUGCUUUCGAUGGCUUCUUAUCUGGUUUAAACGUGAAUUUGCUUUCCAAGACAUCCUUCUUCUUUGGGAGGUUCUUUGGACUGGUCUUCCAUGCCCGAACUUUCACCUCCUCAUUGGCUGUGGGAUUCUGGAUCUAGAAAGGGAAGCACUCAUGCAUUCUGACUACGGCUUCAAUGAGAUCCUUAAGCACAUUAACGAGCUGACCAUGAAGAUGAGCGUGGAGGACAUUCUGUGUCGGGCUGAAGCGCUGCAUCAGCAGUUGGCACACUGUCAGGAAUUACCUCUUAAUGUUAAAGAGCUUCUUGGCCUGGUAGAAAUCAAGAGUCCAGCCCCCAGCACAGACACGGCCAGCCCUCCCCAGCCCCUCUCACCGAGCCAGGUCCACGAACUGGAUCUCACUGACAGCGUGUCGCCCAGCCAGCCUGACAGCAGUAUUGAAAUCCUGCCCACAGAGGAUACUACAACCUCGCAAAGUCUGUCACCUUGACCAGUUGGCUUUUACACCAAACUCCCUUGUCCAGGCACCUUAACAUAUCCGCUCCAUGUGCACUUACAUUAACUGAUGCUGUUAUAAGACUUGUUACUUAAGUAACGCACAAAGGCUUCUGCACUCCUAACUCUGUCUUGUACAUAGUCACUGCCCUGUAUUUUUUCCUUUUUCUUCUUCAUUAGGAACGGGCAGAAGCAAUAACGUUACGAUCAUAACUCAUGUGUGACUGUUUGGACUAUCAUUUUUAUCUCCUCGCUGACUUGGUUUUUGCACAUUACAAAAUUUGUCAACGAAAAAUGCUCAUUGACUGAAAGUCUCCGCGCCGCAAUAAGUUACAAAAAAAUGUUCCCUAGCCAGUAUGAUUUUCGAAGGGUCACAGCGCAGUCUCCGGGUUUCUGUGACGAUAAGCAGAGUUGUGAAAUUUAGUUGGGGUGUUUCUCCCACAACUUUUUAUUUUUUCCUUAAACGUUGCCACUUUCCGAUGUCAGGCUGUUACAUACUGCUGUUUAGAGAAUACAUUCUGAAAUCUCGAUGUGAAUUAAGAUGGCACAAGGUAGAGUAGAGUGUAUUGGUAAGUUAUUUUUCAAACUUUAUACGGUAAGUGCAAGCUUUUACUACGGCCAUCAUUGUAAUCAUUAGGGAGCAGCAAAAAUCCUAUAAUGUCAGCAGUAGGAUCUGCCAGCAAGAUUGAUUAUCAGUCUCUUCUUUAUAUAAAAGCAAAAUGUUCUGACUUUCAGAAUUGACAGCAAACCUUUUAGUGUGAGAAUACCAGGGCAUGUUGCAGGUACCGCUCCAGAACACAGCAGAUGAAGAGUUAAUUUUAAAAAAACAUUAUUCAUGUUUUUUGGCUUUAAAAGAUCAAACGUGCAGAUUAAGGUCAGAUUUAAUUAGGACAUUUUAAUCCUUUUUUUUUUUUUUUUUUGCAAAUGUAUAUUUACCAAACGUCAUGUUUAUGUGAGCUGACCACUUACUUGCAAAAGGUUUGCCAAACUAGCAAAGCUGGUAUUUGGUUCCGUUCGUCUUUUUUCUGGCUUACAUUUUUGUUAACUAAAUAAAUAGCUCAAUCAAAUCCUGACGUUUUCCAGCUUCCUCAUGAACUCGCUAUAUAGAAUUCUCACGUGCACUUAUUACCGUUUCUUAAUUCAGCUGGUGUGCUUCCACUCGGCUCUAAAGUAGUCAUAUAGAUGUAUGUUAAAAACGUGACAUAAAGGUAUUAUUUAAUCUAUACAUUUGCUUGCAAUCUCGUUGGUGAAAUGCAUAAACGAGAUGUCUCUCUAUAUAUAUCGGGUGUCCGAAAGGUAGAUCCCCAGAUGUUGAACUACAACUCCCAUGAUGCUUUGCAUGCCUUUUAGAAUGAUAAAGCAUCAUGGAAGAUGCAGUUUUUCAGCAUCUGGGAUCUCUCUUUUGGGCACCCCUGCUCUGUACAGUUGAAUCAGGUCCCGUUUGCUUGAUUGGAUUAUGAAUAUAUUCAUUGCAAAUAACACUACUCAUGUUAUUCACUAAAUACUGAAUUGCUGAGCGACUUUCAUGUUUUGGGCCGAAAUAGCCAAAUUGGAACUAAAACUGACUUGGAGAAUAUUUUUAAUUCAGAUUUUGACCUUAAAUGUGGAAAUAACUUUACUGAAUAAUGCUGUGAGAUUUGAAAGUAAAAUACUUAACUGCACCGUUUGCUGUUGCUAUUGAAAUCGUAGAAAAACCAAUCAAUGCUAUCCUUUUUACAUCUACUGUUAUGAUAUAUUAUGGUUACAUAUAGAAAGUUACUAGACAGAGGCAAAUUAUAUCAUUGACUGGCUGUUUGCAUUUGCCACAGUGAAACCCUUUGUAGUAUGCUUAGUUUGUGACUCCAGCUGAAAGUAUAGAAAUGAUUUAGCAACUUUUGUGUGUCACUGAAAAGACUCCACAAUACAUGCAACUGAAGUAUGUCGUUAUGCAGUCAUUGAAGCAUAUAAAGGCG